GUUUUAAAAAUGGGUGAAAGUGACGAAAACCGUAGCUGAGUAGCUUGUAAAUGCGUGUAGAAUCGAAACUAGCGAGAGCUGAUUCAUUUGUGUAAAUUGAAUGAUCGUAUGGUAAUGGCGCUCAUCUUUUCUAAUCUUUCUUUUCACUCCUCUCCCUCCCGCUCCUUCUCUCUCCCUCUUUCUUCUUCUUAUUCAUUAUCUCAUACCACAUCUUGCAAUUCCUCCUCUACAUCACCCGGUCUCAUGAACCAUCAUCAUCCUCGGAGCAAACUGAUGGAGUUCCCGUACGUGUCGGCCCCACACAGGAAUCUAAUGGUGGAUAUUGUCUCUAAAGUGGAGGCCCACCUAUCCUCUUCCUUACUUCCCUGUACACUCCCGCAGGAUGUAGAGUACUUUGAGAAUGAGAGUGGCACCGCACAAUCUGCUCUUCUUGUUAGAUCUGCCGUACCUUCCUCCCAGAUAGAUUUUAUACUAGGGAGUUGGCUACAUUGUGGACUGCCGACUGGAGGAGCGUUAAACAUAACAAGCUUUUCAGGAUAUCUCAACUCAUCAACAGAUGCACCAAACUUCCUGGUUGAGCUUAUCCAGAGCAGCCCAACAUCUAUGAUUCUCAUUCUUGAUUUGCCUCCACGCAAAGACCUUGUCUUGCAUGAUGAAUACCUUAAGACCUUCUACGAAGACACACUACUGGACGACAAAAGGAAACAUCUUGAAAAACUUGUGGAGGUAAAACCUUACUUCACAUCCUCUUUGUACAUCCGUUCUGUUGUUUCUCCUACUGCUAUUAUGGUACGCAUAGAAACUGGGACUGACGAGGCAGAGCAGUUGGAGGAGAUAGUUCGUGAUCAUGUGAGUCCCAUUGCCAAGGAAGUAUUACAGAUUUGGUUGGAACUCUGUGCUUGCGGAAAAAGAGAAGUGGAACAGGAGGAGAUGAUCGCUUUGGCUAAAAGGGACAAAAUAACUAAAAGCAAGACUAUUGAGAUUGAUCUGGGAUCAAACUUACCUCGGUUGUUUGGAGAAGUAGCAGCAGCUAGGGUUUUAGAAUCCUUAAAGGAAGUGUAUUAAUAGUUAUAUACACAAGGCUGUGUAAUACAUGCAGACUGAGCAAUCACUGUUAUGAACUUGUACAAAUAUAUAAUUAAAUUUUGACAGAAUAGGUCAAAUUAAAUAUACCAUUCAAA